AUGCCAAAUAGAUUCUUUGUCGGCGAAUAUCGGAGGAAUUUUAAGGAAAUUUGCUUCACCCGAUCGCGGGAUGUUUUUGUUAUUAGAGACGCUUGUAAUCUCCAUUUAAAUCCAUUCAUGGAUUUUGAACUGGAGUAAGAUUUCUUGAUAUGUAGCAAAGUUUCAGGAUGUAUCGCAAGGCAAUUUAGAUUCAUUAAAAAGGGAGAAUAAAUCCUACUUGAUGGGCUAGACGUUUAACAGCUCGCAUUCUCCCAGCUCAGUUAGAGUGUUUUUGAGCGACUGGUUGAUGAUGAUCAAUUGAUUAAGAAGGAUAUUGUAGGAUUUGGUAUAUUAAUGCGUAAGGGCGGACCUCCCUGCUUGUGGGUGUAAGGUUGCAUAUGUUUAUCCUCAUCGGACCUUGCUUUGGCAAGAGCCUCGCGUCUUCGUAUGCCAUUAUUAUUUUAUAUCGAGUGAAUUUUGGCAAAGAAUUUACUUGAAAUAGUGGGAAUAUUUGUAGUUUGUGGAGGUGGGCAUGGUUCAUUGAGAGUCUUGCUAUGAAAGGCAUCUUGGUUUUCACAAUUCUACAUAAAUAUGACAUCCAGUUGUCCUCAGUACCAAUAAAGCAUCAUAUUCUCUCUUAAUGCUGAUGAUUUUCAUGAUCUAAUCAAUUGAGUGGACAGAGUUAUCUUUUCACUUACUCUAGGGACACCUCACUACACAUUUUUUUGGUGUGGACAUAGUUAAAAUUUUAACCAUCUUACUACAGUACUUAAGAGCUUAUUGUAGCAUCUGAAUUCUUGAGUUGAAGCAAAAGGAGUCUUUCAUGAAGGACGACUGGUUGGUUUUUGGCAGGUGGUUUUUCAGUCAGAUAGCUAAUCGGUGUAAGACAUGAAGAGUGUUAUGUCAGACAGAUUAAAACAUUUUUGUGGUGUAGUCUUAAGAAGAAAGUACUCUGUUAGGUACAGCUGUCUUGCAUGUUGAGGAAAAAUAAAGUUUUUUUGGUGCAUGCAUCCAUUAAUUAUUCAUUUUGUGAACGGGGAUGUAAGAGAAGCUUUCUUGCAUUACGUGUGGCACAUGGUGAUGUUGACACAUCUGUGCUGGUUGACACAAGUUAAAAAUUUGCCUGGCCAUGUGUUCAUACAGUUGACAUGGUUCAGCAUGGUUUGGCCUGUGCCAUCCAAUGUUGACUAGCACAACACUCUUUGGUUGUGUCUAUCUAGGACCAGGUUUUGUCUCUGUUCAGCUGAAUAAAUGUCUAUGGUGUUGUAGGUGAUUAGUGGGCAAGAACACCAAUGAGAUAUUGAGAUCGUUACUUGUUUACAAGAUGUGGGGCACUCUGAAAACAAUUUUUGUGGCAAGAGGCUGAGAAGCAGAUGGCAUUUCCAUUGCUACCAUCCAAGCGUCCUUUUGAACAAAAUCCCUUGGAGCACACUGGGAGGGGUAAGUGGAAAAAGACUGGACCUUCUAUAACACUGCAGAAUCAGGUGAAAGUGCCCCUAGGGGCUAUUAUCUUCCGAAUACUCUGUCCUGCUUCAAAAUCUGGAAGUGUGAUUGGUAAAGGUGGAGGUAUUGUAGCAAGGAUACGCCACCAGACUGGUGCAAAAAUUAGACUUGAAGAAACUGUUCCUGGAUGCGACGAGAGAGUUAUUGUAAUCACUGGGUUGGAGAAAGAUGCCGAACUUGGCAGCAAACAUAGUAAAGAAGAUGAUGAAGGUGCUGGUGCUGUUGAUGGUGUUGAGAGUGCCAAGGAAAAUACUGAUAAUAUUGAAGGGGCAGAGGAUUCUGCUGCUGCAGAUAGUUCAAAAUUAGAUGGAGUACCAUCAUCAGCAGUGAAGGCACUCGUACUUGUUUUUGAGAGAUUAAUUGAAGGUGAAUCAGAAAAUGAUGAUGAAGAUGACACUAAUAAGAAGCAUUCCACUGUUUCUGCAAGAUUAUUAGUUCUGUCUGGCCAGGUGGGUUGUGUCCUUGGAAAGGGUGGGAGUGUAAUCAAGCAAAUGUCAGCUGAUAGUGGGGCCCAGAUUCGGAUACUUCCUAGAGAUAAACUUCCGUUGUGUGCUUCCCAACAGGAUGAAAUUGUCCAGGUAACAGGAGGGGUUGAAUCAGUGAAGAAAGCACUUCAUUUAGUUGCUCAGCAGCUUUUGGAUAAUCCACCACGAGAACAUGAUUUGUUCCCGUCAUUGGGUUCUUCUGGUCCAUCGUCUGAUCCAUUUGCUUCUAUUCCUAGGGCAGAAGGCCUUCCACCACCAAAUUUUCAUUAUCCCCCUCAAGUACCACCUUUCUCAAACAGGCCUCAUGACAUCACGGACUUUCAUCCAGGCAUUGGUCCACCUUUUCCUAAAUUUCAUGAAAGUGGACCUCUUCUGCAACCCCAAGUUUCUCCAGAGCCAAUAACUUACAGGUUAUUGUGUUCCAAUGACAAGGUUGGAAGUGUGAUAGGAAAGGGAGGGAACAUUGUCAAAGGUCUUAAAAAUGACACUGGCUGUGAGAUCAAAGUUCUAGAGACAACUCCUGAGUCAGAGGAUCGUAUUAUAGUGAUAUCUGGUCUUGCACUUCCAAGUGAUAGGAUAGCGCCAGUGCAGGAUGCAGUUCUUCGUGUGCAACAUAGACUAGUAAUGGCUGUACCUGAUACGAAAGAGAGCACUGUCUUGUCUAGGCUUCUUGUUGCUUCCAACCAAACUGGUUGCCUUCUUGGCAAAGGUGGUUCUAUAAUAGCAGAAAUGAGAAAGCUUUCUGGAGCUCAUAUUCGCAUCUUGGGUAGAGAACAGAUCCCCAGGGGCGUACUGGAAAAUGAUGAGGUGGUUCAGAUAUCUGGUGAAUUUGGAGCAGUUCAGGAAGCUUUGUUGCAAAUAACUGCUAGACUGAAGCUUCAUGUUUUCCGUGAUAAAUUACCCGCUAUGAAUCCCAACAUGCCUCCUGCUUUUGUUGAGCAAUUACCUCCAUAUGGUUUUUACAUGGGAAGGAGGGAGUCUUCACCUCCCAGGUUGCAUCCUUAUUUGCCACCAUUUCAGAAAGAUCCUGUUGGUCACCCCUUUGAAGAAAGAUCUGUCUUUGCUCAUCCAGUUCAUGGUUCGGGUAUUCCUCUCGGUGUUGAGAGACCUGCAUCAUGGCCACCUCAGGGUAUGAGGGAUGUUGGUGGUCCCAUGCUUUUGCCUGAUUACCCAGGAGAUCCACAAAGAAGGAAGGGUAGAUUUGCUAGUGGAAGCCAGCCGGCCCCUAUUACAAGUGUAGAUGUUUUUGUUCCUCGAUCUCUUGUACCGUCCAUAUAUGGUGAAGAUGGAGGCUGUCUAAAGCGGAUCCGUGAGAUCUCAGAAGCCAAAAUUAUCAUUACUGAACCCAGACCAGAGGCUACAGAGACGGUGAUCAUUAUAUCUGGAACACCAGAGCAGACCCAUGCUGCACAAAGCCUCAUCCAUGCGUUUGUACUGAGUGAAACUGUUCCUUUAGAAUCUACCAAAUCUUGAGUGACAAGUGAUCUUAAUGCAAUCUUGGAUGCUAUUGGAUAUCAACCUGCUGUAUUUUAAAGGUUUGUUCUAAGAGAAUAUUGAUUGGGCUUCUUCUGUUUGCUUUAAAGAAUUUUCCCUGCAAUGAGAAGUGAAAGGGUUAUUACUUUGUGAUUGAAAUGGGCAAAAUAGCAUUCACGUGACCUGGUCUCUGAUGGGUUCCACAACUGGUUUGUUUUGGUGAAAUGCCUCUACUCAAUCUUGAUUUUUCCUUCAAGGUAGUCCUGAUGACUUGCUUAUAUUGUUAGGCCAUCCACUUUUCGAUGUGAGGUACAUGCUUGGGUUGUUCACGUCCUCUUGAUACUAUUAUUCAGGGUUCCCAUGCUGUUUUUAAUUUAAAGAGAACUUAUUUAUUUCCAA